GGAGAAAACACUGGCCUGAACAAGCUUUCAUUAUGACAUUCAAUCAUUCCGGCCAUCCCUGUUUUCUGAUCCAAGUCAUUCCACAAGUUCACAAUGUUCCAUGGCAAAGUAAAUGUGACGAUUCUCUAAUCAAACAUGGUGAAUACUGGGCUCAACAUGAUGAACUACAAGGUGCUUGUUUCAAUGCCUCGGAAGUGACCACAGGAAAAACUAAUGAUAACACGAAUGAUGGCAUGGUUGAGAUUUCCGAUAUUGAAAGGUUGGAUAAUAUGUUGGAAUUUUUAUCUAAGAACAUCUGGGAACAUGUUGAAUCUGAUGAAUUUAUGGAACAUGUGCGUCAAGGUUUGGAUUCUCAGCCCUCUUCACUUGGUGGAAAUCAGGCCACGUUAAUUCAGCUCCCAUCUCAUAUUCUACCAUUAAACCGUGAUCCCUUGAUCUCACCAACUGGGAGAGUCGGUGAUCAUGUUGAUAAUGAUCACCAUGGAGUUCGACCAUUAAACCCUGAUCCCUUGAUCGCAUCAGCUAGGAGAGUUGGUGAUCAUGUUGAUAGCGAUCACCAUGGACUUUGUGUACCAGAAAAUAUGGAGGAUUCUCAGAAUGUGUCAUGUUUUCACCAGCUUAUAAUCCCUUAUGAACAUUUUGCUGACAGGGUUGACCAACUAUCCAAAUCCCAAGAUAGCUCAAAAGGGGAGAGGCAAGUUUCACAUUGCUUUCUUAGCUGUGGGAUUUAUUGAAUUCAGGAAUAAACAUUCCCAGGUGAGACUGUAGCCUGGAAACACUGCAACUGUAGAAGAUCCAGAUGUUUGAAACUGUAAGUUCACAUGCGAGACAGAACAUUUCACUUGAGUAAUAUGUUACUCGGACUUGGUUUAAGCAUAUACCCGAGAUCGGUAUGUUUCAUUUUCUUUUAAGUUUUCUUCAUGUAUUUAGAAGAUGUUUGGAACAUCAUACUCCAAAUGCUCAGAGGGUGCUCAAAAAAAGUGAAGAUGAUUG